AGCAAACGUUUCUUUUGCUUUGACUGUGAAUAACGAAAGACCGCUUUUUAAAAUAUGCGUAUGUGAUAUUUUAUAUUCAUGAAAUUUUGCCGAAAUCGAGACUCUGUGAUAUCAUGGCGUUAUUAUUGACGUGAUUUUUCAUAUUUGCGGAUUCUCUCGCAAUUUGUGAAAUUCGUUUACGUGUAUUUACAUCUAUCCAGUUCGAAUAUGAUGUUUGUCAACAGAGAAUCCUUUGUCCUGUGAACAAUGGAUAUUCCUCAAGUGACAACAGUCGCAGUGCUUUGACACCAAUUUCUGCUUUAUCUGCUGUUAUUCGUCAACCUACACGAUAACUGUGAGCUGAUAACGAUAUCAGGAGAUUAGUGCAUUACCGAGAGCCAGCAGUACAACAUGGAUAAGAGCAAUUUAUCAGAAACCGAAGAGAUUGAAAGAAAGAGGAUGGUAAACGUUAGUGCAGACAAAGUAAAGUCUAAGCAAAGUGAAAGCAAAAUGAUAAGCGAUGGACUGAAUAAGUUAAAAAUUCAACAGAAUGAAAGCGAAAGCGAAGUAGUUAGCGAUGAAUCAAAUAUGUUAGAAACUGAAGAGAAUACGAGUGACUUGAUAUUAAGCGAUGAACUGGAUAAGCCAAGAGAAUCAAAACCUUUCGAUACGAUGUUUGAUUUAUACGAAGUCUUGGGUACAUUAGAACCAUACCCGGAGACAGAUAUUGUAGAAUCUGUAGACUUCACAUACCAAGGGUCAGAAAUUGUCAGGAAGGACAUUUAUUUGAAAAGAAUGGACAAGGAGAAACGUCCUAAGACAUUGGUCUGCCACGAUAUGAAAGGUGGUUAUCUGGAAGACAGAUUCUUCUGGGGCUCCACUUCUCAUGAUUCUUACUUGUUUUACAACUGGUAUGCGAUAGAUACAUUCGUUUACUUCAGUCAUCACUUCAUAACCGUCCCACCCUAUGGAUGGAUAUGCACAGCCCACAAGCACGGUGUGAAAAUACUAGGUACCAUAAUUACAGAGGGGGACGCGUCUGUGUACGCGUUUUUUCAGAAUGUUGUCGCGUCGUACGAGAACGCGAAGACAUUCGCGGACGCCCUGGUGGAUCUGACAAAGCGAUACGGAUUUGACGGUUGGCUGUUGAACUUUGAGACCAACUUCACGAGCAGCGAACUUCAGCUGCCGGAAUCGGUAUAUCACGCGGUGGAUAAGGUGCUUUAUUUCGUCAAGUACCUGACCGAUACCCUUCACAAGGAGAUCGAGAACUCGGAAGUGAUCUGGUACGAUUCCUUGGUCAGAAGUGGCGCUUUGCAGUGGCAGGAUGAGCUCAACGAGCAGAAUAAAGACUUUUUCUUGAAUUGCGACGGUAUAUAUCUGAAUUACCACUGGAAGGAGGAGCACCUCGAGAGGAGCAGUACAUUGGCGAAGGAAUUGGGUCGCGACGUCAGGGAUGUUUACGUAGGAUUGGACGUGUUUGGGAGAGGCACUCCAGACGUAGGCGAGUUCAACUGCUCAAAUUCGAUGGAUCUAAUACGGAAGUAUAACUUUUCCGUUGCUAUCUUCGCACCGGGCUGGACGCACGAAUACUUCGGGCCGCAGUAUUUUAACAUAAUAGACGAUAUAUUCUGGUCAUUGUUGUUCCGACACCUGCACAUACAUGUGCCGAUUUAUGAGGAUGAAGUAUUUCGGUCCACCUUCUGCCGCGGCGCCGGUAGGAAUUAUUAUUACAACGGUCAGGAGAACCCUUUAUCAAAAAGGUUAAGCAAAGAGGAAGGAUUUUAUGAGCUUCAUCGGCAACAGCCGCAGCUGUCGGUGCCCGUGCGAAUUUUGAAUCUGACGAGUGAAACGUAUAUAAAGCUUAUUGCCCAAAAGACAGCGAUCUAUAAGAAUAUCCAAGCCAAUGAUGAUAAUGAAAGCAUUGAUGGAAAUGAUGAAAACGCAAAUGAUAAAAGCACUGAUAAAGAUGAUGAAAUCGAUGAAGUAGAUAAUAUUAUAACGCCAAUGACGCGAAUAGAAAAGUUGUACCUCAAAGGGUGGCACAUUAUAGAAGAUUGUGAGAACUUGACGGAUAAAUCAAUAGUUCUUCAAGGAAACACCUUCGAGUAUUGCAACGAUUUCUCCUACGAAGGUGGCGGAUGCUUGAGGAUGAUCACCAGAAAUGAAAAGCUCUAUCACAGAUUGUUCCUCGUUUACGUUAACUUCAAGCUGUAUAUUCAAGCAAGCAUCGUUUACGCGGAAGCCGAGGCUGGCGACUUGACGUGUGAACCACCCAUUCUCAUCCUCGGUAGAAACAGCGCUCUCAAAGCCGUCCGACCUUACGAUCACUUCAGAGUGAACAAGAGAUGGUGGAAGUGUAUCUACUUGACGGACUUCAAGACCAUCGACGAGAUCGGCGUGCUGUUCCAGCGGGCCUGCGUAUGCUACCUGGGUGAGAUCGUCUUGGACAAGUACGACCAGAUUUUCGGUAACGAUCCCGAGUACAUCGCCAGCCAGGUCAGCGAUUACCACAUCGACGAGCCAAUAAGCGAUUCUCCGCCGUGGCAGCAGUAAUCCGGAGAUAGUUCGUG